ACAAGGCAGGCUUGAUCAUGUAAGCCUUCAUAUUAUAAAAGAAAAAUCUGAGGGAGCUUGCAGGGAUUGGGAUCAUAAUAUACAGGAUGAGCUUAUUCGUUAUUGCAGUCAUUCUGAGUGUUAUGAGUGAAGGUGUUUAUGGAGCAGAUCCUGAUCCGCUCACAGACUUCGCUACAGGAUUAAAAAGAUUCACCCUCCGUGAUCUCUUCACUAAUGGAGAUGUAACUGUCGACUCAGGAGGAGUACGCGCUGCUACUACAGUCGACAGGUUUCCUGCAACGAAAUCACAGGGCCUGCAAUAUGUGAGGUUCAAGAUGGUUCCAUGCGGGGUAAAUUUACCGCACACUCAUCCACGAGCCACAGAAAUGCUUACUCUUAUCUCAGGAGGGCCUCUUCAAGUUGGUUUUGUUGAUACUCAAGGUGAAGCUUUCAUUGAUAUUCUGCAUCCUGGAGAUGUCACCAUAUUUCCGAGGGGAACAAUGCAUUUUGAGCUUAAUGUUGGAUUUGAAGAAGCUGAUUAUAUCUCUGCUCUCAACAGUCAAAAUCCCGGUGUAAUGACAAGCAGUAUGUCAAUAAUGAAGCUUCCAUUGAGAACCGUGGCAACAGCGUUUAACGUUACCACAAAGACUGUAAAGAAAUUAGAUUCAAUGAUAUAUGCUAGUGGAAAGGGACUGAAGAAAACAACCAAAAGCGGUUGUGUUCCAGGGAGAGAUAUUACUGUAGAAUUUUAAAUUACAUGUUUUUUCCAACUCCGGCACAAAUAAAUGGCAUCUGUUGCGAACAACUCUCAAUAUUUGAUUGUAUAUUAUCUUUGAUUUAUCUUCUUUUAAAUCAUAAAUCUCAUUUCAGAGAUUGGUAAAUCAUGUCACUGUAAUCUGUAUGAAAUUCUUUUCUUUAUGCAGAAGUCAACAAUUGCGUGUUGCCGAUUACAUAAACAACUGUUGCUAUUGUUCCGUUCAUGGUAGUGUUUCGCUGUCAACUUUUUAAUCAAAGUUUUAUUGGGAUUAAGAAAAACAAAAAACUUUUAGGAGAGAAAUUGCAAAGCCUGUCCCACAUUAUGCUUGUCAAAUCUUUCGAUGAUCUUAUUUAUGUAAUGACAGCGAAUUCUUCAAGCAAGGGACGCCUUGUCUAUUACAUAUGAAAGGUUCUAAACUACCUAAUUUGUAAUCUUAUUUAUUCAGCAGUUUUAAUUGAAGUUGUGGAAAGUAGUAAGAUUAUUUCUUAAGAAA